GGUCAACCUAGGCUUCCUUGAACGUAGAGCUGGUAACUUUAGCAUAACCCUCACUGUAGAGGGACACACAUUGACAUUGUAGUGCUUGUGCUGUGUUUGGGUGUUGUGUUCCACUCGCGUCACCAUGAACCGCUACGACAGUCGCUCCGGCGACCCCGCUUCGUACCGCGACCGAAGAAGUGAUUCGGGCCUUGCUGCACCUUCAACCACUGGCUACGGCGGUUCAAGCAGAAGAGACUACGAAGACAGUUCCAACAAAUUCAAUUUGGAUGGAUUGCCUCAUUUCGAGAAAAACUUCUACACCGAAUCACCCUCCGUUAGGGCAAUGACAGACGCCGAGGUUAACGACUACCGUCAACGCCGUGAAAUCACUGUCGAAGGCCGUGACGUCCCCAAACCCGUUAAGACCUUUCAUGAUAUUGGUUUUCCAGAAUAUGUAAUGCAAGAAAUUAAGAAAGCUGGCUUCGUUGAACCCACGCCUAUUCAGUCACAAGGUUGGCCUAUGGCUUUGAAGGGACGUGAUCUUAUAGGAAUUGCGGAAACAGGAUCCGGGAAGACGCUUGCAUACUUGUUGCCUGCCAUAGUGCAUGUUAAUGCCCAGCCAAUUCUUGAACCUGGAGAUGGGCCUAUUGUGUUAGUUUUGGCCCCGACGCGCGAGCUUGCUGUUCAGAUACAACAAGAGGCGACUAAAUUUGGUGCGUCGUCGAGGAUUAAGAGUACGUGCAUAUAUGGUGGGGUUCCAAAAGGGCCUCAGGUGCGCGAUCUCCAGAAAGGAGUUGAGAUUGUAAUUGCCACUCCGGGAAGGUUGAUAGAUAUGCUUGAGUCGAAUCAUACAAACUUGCGGAGGGUCACAUACCUGGUACUGGAUGAAGCUGAUAGGAUGUUGGACAUGGGGUUUGAUCCUCAGAUAAGGAAGAUUGUCUCUCAGAUUCGUCCAGACCGUCAAACUUUGUACUGGAGUGCCACAUGGCCGAAGGAGGUUGAACAAUUGGCAAGGCAGUUCCUUUAUAACCCAUACAAAGUAAUUAUAGGUUCUCCAGAUUUAAAAGCUAACCAUGCAAUAAAGCAACAUGUUGACAUUGUUCCCGAAAAGCAGAAAUAUGAUAAAUUGGUGAAGUUGCUGGAAGAUAUCAUGGAUGGCAGCCGAAUACUGAUAUUCAUGGAUACUAAGAAAGGAUGUGAUCAGAUAACUAGGCAGCUCCGCAUGGAUGGUUGGCCUGCACUUUCAAUUCAUGGAGAUAAAAGUCAAGCAGAAAGAGAUUGGGUGCUCUCAGAGUUUAAAUCUGGAAAGAGCCCUAUAAUGACUGCAACAGAUGUUGCAGCUCGUGGUUUAGAUGUGAAGGAUGUGAAGUAUGUGAUAAAUUAUGACUUCCCGGGAUCACUUGAGGAUUAUGUUCAUCGCAUUGGUCGAACAGGGAGAGCUGGUGCAAAAGGAACUGCAUACACAUUCUUCACAGCUGCUAAUGCCAGAUUUGCGAAGGAACUUAUAACCAUUCUUGAGGAAGCUGGACAGAGAGUGAGUCCUGAAUUGGCUGCAAUGGGGCGUGGUGCACCCCCUCCACCUGCAGGAGGUUUCCGAGAUCGUGGGAAGGGUUAUGGCAGUGGUCGCCCAUGGAGCUGAUUGAUAGUAGUUUGGUACAAGUACAACGUCACAUACUGUGUUGUCCCACUUUCAAAUUAGCCUUUUGUACGAAUAGUGGUAGGAAUUUGGUUUUCUUCUUCGAUAGACUCUUUUUUCCAUAUUUAUUUGGUAGAUAUGUCCAUGGAACAUGGAAAAGAAGCCUUGUAUCUAUAAUCAAACACUUGUUGUUCAUACUUGAUCGUUCAUACCACAGUAAUUCAUUUUACAGAAGGUCAUGAUGCAUUAUAA